AACCAGAGCCCCGAAGCCUCUCCUUGGGUGGCCAUGUGGGAUUUGACAGCCUCCCUGAUCAGCUUGAGCAAGUCGGUCACUCAGGGUUUCAGUUUCAACAUCCUCUGUGUGGGGGAGACUAGCAUCGGCAAGUCCACACUGAUGAACACGCUCUUCAACACCGCCUUUGAGACCGAGGAAGCCAGUCACCAUGAGGAGUGUGUGCGCCUGCGGCCCCAGACCUACAACCUCCAAGAGAGUAAUGUGCACCUCAAGCUGACCAUCGUGGAUGCCGUGGGCUUUGGCAGCCAGAUCAAUAAGGAUGAAAGUUACAGGCCCAUAGUCGACUACAUCGACGCACAGUUUGAAAACUAUCUGCAGGAGGAGCUGAAGAUCCGCUGCUCACUCUUUGACUACCAUGACACCCGGAUCCAUGUGUGCCUCUACUUCAUCACGCCCACUGGCCACUCCCUCAAGUCCUUGGAUCUGGUGACGAUGAAGAAACUAGAUAGCAAGGUGAACAUUAUCCCCAUCAUCGCCAAGGCCGACACCAUCUCCAAGAGUGAACUCCACAAAUUCAAGAUCAAGAUUAUGGGCGAACUGGUCAGCAAUGGAGUCCAGAUCUACCAGUUUCCCACAGAUGAUGAGGCAGUUGCAGAGAUAAAUGUGGUCAUGAAUGCACGCCUGCCCUUUGCCGUAGUGGGCAGCACCGAGGAGGUGAAGGUGGGGAACAAGCUGGUCCGAGCACGGCAGUACCCUUGGGGAGUGGUACAGGUGGAGAAUGAGAACCACUGCGACUUCGUGAAGCUCCGGGAGAUGUUGAUCCGGGUGAACAUGGAGGACCUCCGAGAGCCGACUCACAGUCGGCAUUACGAGCUCUACCGGCGCUGCAAGUUGGAGGAGAUGGGCUUCCAGGACAGCCACGGUGACAGUCAGCCCUUCAGCCUACAGGAGACAUAUGAGGCCAAGAGGAAGGAGUUCCUGUGCGAGCUGCAGAGGAAGGAGGAAGAGAUGAGGCAGAUGUUUGUCAACAAAGUGAAGGAGACUGAGCUAGAGCUGAAGGAGAAGGAAAGGGAGCUCCAUGAGAAGUUUGAGCACCUGAAACGAAUCCACCAGGAGAAGCUCAAGGUGGAGGAAAAUCGCCGGGAGCUGGAGGAGGAAACCAGUGCCUUCACCGGCAGGAAGGCCGCCAUGAAGGCCAUGGAGGCCCUGCAGUCCCAGGCCUUGCAUGCCACCUCGCAGCAGCCUCUGAGGAAGGACAAGGACCGGAAGAAUUAACGCACGCACAGACUUACAUGUAAAAAGCGGACUUUAGACUUUCAUGUGUUAAGUUGCUUGAUUUACACCUUGUGACCCUUCUCCCAUAACAUGGUGUGAGGACAGACUGGGAGCUGGUACAGACUCCAGUGUUUACAGCCUUGCUUUGUCCCCUGCCCCAGGUCACCCCAGGCCUGGUGUGUCACUCCUGUCUAUGCAAACACAGUCAAAGCUAUGAUUGCUGGAAUCCAAGACUGAUGAGGUUUAUUUUUUUCAGAGCCAGUGGCUGGUCUUGCAUUUACAGUGUCACUAUCCCUUGAUGGAGCAGUUGUGUGCCACUUGUGAAGGCACCGGCCGGUGAUGCUUGGCCUAAUUAUUCAGCUUCAAGAUAGCACUUCGUGUGGUGCCCUAAGUGUGGCCUUUGCGGUCUGAUGUAUGUGCUGCAAAUUUGUCCAACUUCCCCUCUUUUUAAUUUUUCUAACCUAGAGCUUGAUUUCAACAAUAACGUUUAAAACAUGCCUAAAUUUUUAUUUUGACAUGAGCAUAAAAAAAAUAAUAUCCUAUCCCAUUAUUUUCAUAAGUAACACAGAUUUCCCUGAUUUUUUAGAAACUAAAAUACCUUUAAGCCUUUCUUAUGUAUAAAAUGUCCCUAUAAUAUAUAGGGAGAGGUGGGUAAUAAACAUCCUGUAAUGACA